AUGAACGGCAACAGAUUUAGUGACCCUCCAGGCAACUGUGCCCGUACAAUUUACCAUGGAACGUUCAUUCAUUUACCACGUAUGCCAGACAUAGAGGCAACUCCAGAAUCUGCCCCAAAAUAUCACUUGAUUGUCAAUCAUGGCGCCCUAUGGGUGAACACUUCCAGUGGGAGAAUUGAAGGGUUUGACUGGAAUGUGAAUGGCGACAAGGAGCUAGAUGUGCUGAUUGAGAAACAUGGAUGGAAAGUGACUGAAAAUGAAAAUGCAGAGAACUCUGUGAAUAUCAUAAAAUCCAGGGAUGCGAAAAAUGGCUUUUUCUUUCCAGGUUUUGUGGAUACCCAUAUCCACGCACCGCAGUACCCAAACUCUGGAAUUUUUGGCUCUUCUACCCUCUUGGAUUGGCUGGAAACCUAUACGUUCCCUUUGGAAUCAUCAUUUGGAAUUAAGGAACACCCUGAUACUGUUCCCCAAUCGGCUCAUGUGGUAUAUAAUAGGGUUGUGUCUCGGACUCUAUCCCAUGGCACUACCUGUGCAGCGUAUUUUGCCACAAUCCACCUCCCAGCUACUAAUCUUCUAGCGGAUAUCUGCUAUGCUCGUGGACAACGGGCAUUCAUCGGCCGCGUAUGUAUGGACGAACCCCAGACAUGUCCGGACUUCUAUCGUGAUGAGUCUAGCGAGCAAUGUGUAGCGGCUGCACGGGCCUCAAUUGCAUAUAUCCGAUCUCUAGAUCCAAACGCCGCCCUCGUUUAUCCAAUAAUCACCCCUCGGUUUGCUCCAUCUUGCACUUCUGCCUCUCUUAUGGGCCUUGGUGCAUUGGCGGCAUCCACUACGCCGCCAACGUCCAUCCAGACACAUAUUUCAGAGAAUAAAGAUGAGAUAGAUUUGGUCUUGUCCCUUUUUCCAGAAAACACUAGCUAUGCUGAUGUCUACGACAAGUUCAAUCUUCUCACUCCGCAUACCAUUCUUGCACAUGGCGUUCACCUUACGGAGCCCGAAAGAGCUUUGAUCCAUUCCCGAGGCUCCGCAAUCUCCCACUGCCCUGCGUCCAACUCAGCCAUUGGCUCUGGAUUAUGCCCAGUUCGAACCCUCCUAGAUGAUGGUAUUCCUGUUGGAUUGGGUACCGAUGUGAGUGGCGGGUAUAAUCCAAGCAUCUUGGAAGCUGCCAGACAAGCAUGCCUGGUGUCCAGGCUCCUCUCCUUCCAGAAUGGCAACACGGGAAAUACCGUUUCUGGUGGGAAAGGGCGCGAGAAGCUGAGCGUAGAAGAGGCCCUCCAUCUAGCGACACGUGGUGGAGCAAAAGUAGUGGGAAUGGAGGACGAUAUAGGGGGAUUUGAUGUGGGGAUGUACUGGGAUGCGCAGUUGAUCGAGCUGGGUGGAACCGUGGAUGUGACCAGAGAGAAUUGGAAUCAUGGAAGUGUAGAUAUUUUUGGCUGGGAGAAGACUGAAGAAAAGAUUGCCAAAUGGAUGUGGUGUGGUGAUGAUCGCAACAUAAGAGCUGUCUGGGUGGGAGGAAGAUUAGUUCAUGGGGAGGUGCCAGACUUUUGA